AUGCCCAGGAAAGUAGGCCAUGCCAUGAAAGCCCACCGUCUGACUGAUUUCGCUAGGCAGUUCCCUGAUCCAUAUAGGUCAGCGAUUGCGUUUGAUGACAACUUGGCAGGCCCUGGCAAGGAUGCUAUUGUUUGGGGAAAAUUUACUGUCCGCACAACACGUAAGAGAAAAAGAAGCCCUGCACACUGGAUCACUUCUCCUCCGUCGGAUGUCAUGAAGACCAGUAUAGGUCCCACAGGACGCCAGGGAUUACGGACCAAAGCGAACUGGCCAUGGAGAUUGUCAUGCUCUGCACCUAUAACGCCAGGACAAACUCCACCAACGCCCACCUUUAAGGCCUUUUGA